UUGACAGUUGACACUUAAAUCAGCUCACAAAAGUGCCCUAAUUUCCAACUCAAAAAGAAGCAGGAGAGCACAUUGGCAAGACCCAACUGUAAAAACAGACUUCUAAAAAGUGGAAACAUGUGAAUAUCCGAUCAUAAAUCCUUCCUUUCUACUAACUUUCUUAUUUAGAAGUUUCCUCGUCCCCCUCUAUAUUGCUGCAAUUUGCCAAAGAACUAUCUUGUUUCAUUCAAUACCAAUCACCAAAGAACAGUCUUCUCUUUCUUGUUGACUUUUUUUCAAUGCAAGAACUCAUUCAAAUAAAUGUUCCCACCAACUUGUUUCUUGCUUCCCACUCUCUUCCAAUCAUUCAAAGUCUCAAUUUUUCACUUCAAAAUUCAAACUUUUGUAUCUAUUCUGUUGUUUCUUCAACAACCCAUUUCGAUUUAGUUCAUCUUUUUAUCAAGGGAUUCUCACCUGGGUAAACUUGGUGUUUAUAAUUUUCACAAAGAAUCCAGAUUUUAUCUCAUUGUUACUGCUUUAAAAUCAGGUAUUUUGAUUGGUUGAGCAGUUUCUAGACUAUUUUUGUAGAUUAUAUUGUUCAAAUUCUUUUCCAUCAUAUAUUACUUAUAGUUAGAAAACAAUAACAGAAGUGGAAAGUCACAAACAUUCGGUUAUUUGUAUCAUAUUAUUGGGUUUUACUUCUUUGAAUAGAUUCUUGAUUAAGUUGUGUAGAAUUAUAUGGCUCAUUUUAGCCAAGUACAUUCUUCUUCCUUUGAUGGGUCUCAACAUGGCCAAGGUAUUGAGUAUUUACCAUUUCAGACCUCUCAUGGGUCUCUAAAGGUUAUGUUGUUACAUGGGCAUCUAGACAUUUGGGUUAAUGAGGCCAGAAACCUCCCUAAUAUGGACUUAUUUCACAAAACCUUAACUGAUUUAUUCGGCGGUUUGUCGAUUAAAGGAAUGUCGAAAAGGUUAACAAGUGAUCCAUAUGUGAAUGUUUCUGUUGCUGGUGCUAUUAUAGCAAGAACUUUUGUGUUAAGAAACAAUGACAACCCUGUAUGGAUGCAGCAUUUUUUUGUACCUGUAGCACAUACUGCUGCAGAACUGCACUUUGUAGUUAAAGAUGAUGAUGUAGUAGGUGCUCAGAUCAUAGGAGCUGUUGGUAUCCCAGCACAGCAGCUAUACUCUGGUGCAAGAAUUGAGGGAACCUUCCCAAUUACUAAAUGCAAUGGUCAGAACUGGGAAACCGGGGCUACUUUGAAAGUUUCGAUUCAAUAUAUUCCGGUGGAGAGAAUGAAUCUUUACCAUUUGGGUGUUGGUCCUGGUCCUAAUUAUCAUGGGGUACCUGGGACAUAUUUCCCCCUUAGGCAAGGGAAUAGAAUUACUCUUUACCAGGAUGCACAUGUUGAAGAUGGUACACUUCCUGAUUUUAGGCUUGACUAUGAUAUGCAUUAUGUGCACGGGCAAUGCUGGCGUGAUAUCUUCAAUGCUUUAUCACAUGCUCGUCGAUUAGUGUACCUCACAGGGUGGUCUGUAACCCACCUUGUAAAGCUGGUUCGUGAUGCUCAAGAUGGCUCGGGUAUUACAUUAGGAGCUCUUCUUAAAGCUAAAGCGCAGGAGGGUGUACGAGUGUUGCUUCUUGUGUGGGAUGAUCCUACUUCUAGGAGCAUUUUGAAUUACACUACUCAAGGUAUCUUAGCAACAGGUGACGAAGAGACUUCCAAAUUCUUCAAGGGCUCGUCAGUGCAAGUGAUACUUUGCCCACGAUCUGGUGGAAAAGGCCAUAGUUUUAUCAGGCAGCAGGAAGCUGGAGCAAUCUAUACCCAUCACCAGAAAACUGUAAUUGUAGAUGCUGAUGCAGGUCAUAACAGGAGAAAGAUCAUUGCUUUCGUUGGUGGACUUGACCUGUGCUCAGGGCGAUAUGAUACCCCAGGGCAUACUCUUUUCAGAACAUUGCAGACAGUACACAAGGAUGACUUUCAUCAGCCAAACUUCACUGGUCCAACUGAUGGAUGCCCUAGAGAACCAUGGCAUGAUCUCCAUUCUCAAAUUGAUGGUCCAGCUGCAUAUGAUGUUCUGGCCAACUUUGAGGAGCGUUGGUUAAGGGCUUCGAAACCCAGUGGGCUUCAAAAAAUGAAAAGAUCUUAUGAUGAUCAUCUGCUUAAGGUUGAUAAGGUUCCAGAUAUUAUUGGACGAGAAGAAGCUAUUAAUCACAGUAAUAAUGAUAGGGAGUCAUGGCAUGUGCAGAUCUUUCGCUCAAUAGACUCCAAUUCUGUUAAAGGAUUUCCGAAGGAUCCAAGAGAUGGAACGAAAUGGAAUCUUUUGUGUGGAAAGAAUGUACUCAUAGAUAUGAGUAUACAAGCAGCAUAUGUACAUGCCAUCCGAUCUGUGCAACAUUACAUUUACAUUGAGAAUCAAUACUUUCUUGGCUCCUCAUAUAAUUGGGAUUCUUACAGGGACUUGGGUGCAAACAAUUUGAUACCUGUUGAAAUUGCUCUUAAGAUUGCCAGUAAAAUCAGAGCACAUGAAAGAUUUGCAGCAUAUAUUGUUGUUCCUAUGUGGCCAGAGGGUGAUCCUAAAGGUCUCCCAACGCAACGGAUUCUAUUUUGGCAGUACAAGACAAUGCAGAUGAUGUAUGAAACAAUCUACAAGGCUUUGGUAGAAACAGGAAUGGACACAACAUAUGAGCCUCAAGACUUCUUGAAUUUCUUCUGCCUAGGAAAGCGUGAAGUUUCCGAUGAAAUAAGUGCAGGAAAUUCUGAUACUGCUUUAAAUGGGAAUACUCCACAGGCGCUUUCAACCAAAAAUCGGAGAUUCAUGAUCUAUGUUCACUCGAAAGGCAUGAUAGUAGAUGAUGAGUAUGUGAUCUUAGGUUCAGCAAACAUCAACCAGCGAUCCAUGGAAGGCACUCGAGACACUGAAAUUGCAAUGGGCGCAUAUCAGCCUCAUUAUACUUGGGCUACAAAACAUUCUAAUCCACAUGGGCAGGUAUAUGGAUAUCGGAUGUCGUUGUGGGCAGAGCACCUAGCAAAGCUUGAGGAAUGCUUUACACAUCCGGAGAGUGUCGAGUGUGUGAGACGGGUACGAUCUUUGGGUGAGCAGAACUGGAUUCAAUUUGCUGCUGAUGAAGUGACUGAAAUGAAAGGACACCUUCUUAAGUAUCCUUUGCAAGUUGAUGCAUCAGGAUUAGUUAGCCCUCUUCCUGGAUAUGAGACAUUCCCUGAUUUAGGUGGGAAAGUCAUGGGAACUUUCUCUGGCAUUCAAGAGAACCUUACUAUAUGAUCAAACAAAUUUCAUGAUUUAUUUUAUAGUUAGCUAUUAACUGUUGUUAAUUGUUAUUGAUUACAUACCUUUGCUUGUCUUUCUACUUGAUUAGUGUAAUUAAGGAAAAAAGCUUGUAGGAUGUGCUUAAGUUAAAUGAUGAUUAACAGUUUGCUGUAUAUUAUUUUCCCUUUGUAAUCUGGUGUUGAAAAUUUGUAAGUGUCAUGUAUACUACUUGGAUUUGAGGGCUAAAA